AUGGAAGAAUUGAGGGAGCUUCUUUUAAAUAAUACUGCUGUACAAGAAAUUCCUAUUUCAAGAGGUUGUUUGAUGAAGCUAAAGACUUUGAGUGCCUCACAUUGUGAAGAACUUGCUCAACUUUCAAAAUCCAUGGGCUCUCUUGUGUCAUUAACUCAGUUGGACCUAUCUCAUUCGGCGAUUGAAAAAUUACCUGAUUCCAUUGGUUCUUUGAAGAAGCUGAGACUUUUGAUGCCUCUUACUGUAAAUCGGACAUCAAUUGUGGAGUUACCAGAAAGUAUUGUGUAUCUACAGAAUUUGAGGAUUUUGGAUAUAAGUAGAACUGGCAUAACAGAAUUGCCUCAUGCCAUCGACAAGUUAGGCAUCUCGGGCUUGCCUCAAAGCAUUUCUAAGCUCUCUUCUCUCCAAUUCCUCAGCUUUCGGUAUUGCGAGAAGCUUCAAGAAGUGCUAGAACUGCCCUCUAGCUUAGCAGCUUUAUGUAUAACCUGCCAGAGUCCGCCAUUGCCACAUCUUUCCCAGCUGACGCUUCUCAACAAACUCACUCUUUCUGAUUGCCAGUGGCUUGAAUGUCUCCCAGAGCUUCCCGUUGGACUAUCAAUGCUCUGUAUUACAAAUUGUGGAAAAUUGAAAGCGUUGACCAAUUUGUCAUACUUGAAGCACUUAUCUGAAUUGAUUCUCGAGAAGUGCUUUGAGCUAACAGAAGUCACCGGCCUGGAAGGUUUACAAUCCCUAUCCAACUUACAUGUAGAUGAAUGUCCUAAGAUAUGUAGGCUUGGUGGAUCAAAAUCCUCACAAACGUCGGAUAUCUCUGAGUGCACUUCUACCGGACAAUCCCUGCACCUUUCAAGUUUAGAAUGUCUAAGGGAACUACAUGUUACAAAUUGCACGAAUCUAAAUGAAAUUCGUGGACUUGAGGGAUUAGAGUCCUUGAAAUUUUUGGAUAUCUCCUGGUGCACGUCCCUUAGACAAUCAUUGGACCUUUCAAAUUUAAAGAAUAAUUUGCAGAAAUUUUAUGCUGCAAACUGCGCGAAGCUAGUUGAAAUUCGAGGCCUUGAUGGAUCGGAAUCGUUGAUAGAGUUGGACAUUUCUGGGUGCACGUCCCUUACAAAAUCACCGGGUGACUUGAAGAAUCUGCGGACAUCCGGUCCUGGUGUCCUAGUUGAACUUCCACUUCCUGAGGGAUCAGAAUCCCCAGGUGAAUUAAAAAUUUUUGGGCACAUGUCCCCUGGACGAUUACCGGACUUGCCAAAGUUUAAAUAA